AUGGAGGCAUGCAUGCCGCGUUUCAAGCGUGCUGAUGGCACGGACACGAGAAUAUCUUACCACAAAGCCGAGCUUGUAAAGGUGCAGAGUCUCUUUUAUGCACGCCGCUACAAGCAGUGUAUUGCUCUCUGCGAAGAGCUCCAGAGGUCAGAGAUUCACGCCCUACACAAGGCCUUCCUCUGGUUUUACCAUGCCACCUCUUACGAGUCGAUGGGACUGAUUGCGCACAACCUCUCUGGCAGCAAACUACAUUUUCUGGAUUCUGCCAGGGAGAGCUUCGGGCAGGCUCUGAAAUGCAUUCCUUUGCCAUACGUAUCGACAGAAGCGGGAUCUUACGAGCAGGCGGGGAAUUCACCUGUCACAACUGAUUCUGGGUCUCUAUCCAUCAAACGAGCAUGGAAAGCGGGUCGAAGAGAAACAUCCGCAACUGGCUGUGUCACAAAACUAUCAUCUUCCGUUUCGUCUGGCAGCAUUUACUCGAUACAAAGCUCGACCUCAGAGGGAGAAUCUAUUGCGGAUCAAAACGAAUCACCAUCGCAACAGCGAAAAUAUCAAGGGAAGUCGAUACCAGACCUCCAUGUCGAUUUAAAAGAAGGAGCUUCAGAAUACAACCCAGCGAAACAACCGGCCACACCAGCUGCCCGGGCACCAUACCAGUCUCGACUACAGCACAGCUUCAGCUCCAGGCAAGUAUUGCAAACCAACUUGAUACCAUCGCCUCUAUUCAGCCGGAACCCCAAACGUGCGUCUUCAUUGCUCCUUGACAUCACUGAUAAUAGUCGACCGCUUCCCCCUUUGCCAUUCAAUCACAGAGCCGACUUCAAAAUCCAAGGCACUCGCAUCAUUCAGGACCCUCUCAUGCGCAAAACCGCGGUUCAAACACUUAUCGCACGCUUCGAAGGAAUUCUGCCACUGCCUCUGUCACCUCCUUCACCGAGGGCACAAUCCCCCUCGAGAGAGCAGAUUUACGGACGGGAGACCGCGGCGGCCUCCCCUGAUGUCGCAUCUCCACGAUUCAGAAUGAUUCGCGAUGCGUUCAGUCCGGACCCACACAAUGAACAUCUCGAUAUGUACCUCAACAGCUACGCUUCACCUGCGCUGUCGCUUUACAACGCGCAUUUAGCGGACUUUCGUGCCCAGCUAAGAAAGCACAUUGCCUAUGUAGAUGGAGAAAUUGGUCGAGUACAGAAAAUCCAAGGCGAGAGGAGCGCCGCCAGGACCUUGGGGCCGAAGCAGAGGUUCGCAAGUUUCUGGUCGUUCGAGGUCGCUUCUACUAUUUCAACAUCGAAGGUGGCCCCGAGAUCAGCAUGUGUACGUCGAAGUGAUGACCUCGUGGGGGACGGAUGUGACCACCCUUCUCGUUGCGGAGAAUCUCGAGGCAAAAUCAAGGAGAAGAUCGAUGAACUGAGACGCCAAGGCUGGAAAGUAUGCAAGGAAAGACAUGGGUUCAGAGGCAUGGGAUUCUAUGAGAACUUUAGAAGACAUGUCGAAGCGGAACUGGAGGCUGGCCAUUAA